AAUAAGGUAAAGCAUGGUGUCCAUACACGAGGACAGACAUGAGGACUGGCUAACCGGAGAUUUAAGAUUGUUGCACUGCUUCUAAGCGCUUCAUCUUCUACUAUCUUGUUCCCCGCCGGCGCAUACAGAGCGUCGAGAUGCCGGCUUUCUUGCGCUUCGACGAACUGGCACAUUCCUGCGUUCAGGAUAUUCAUGAGCGGUUCGCUAUUGCUCACCGCACCCGCUCUGGAGUACCCGGACCGUCCGCUCAGCUCGGAGCUAGAAGAAGUCUAGUAACGUCGUUCGCUGAAGAGGCACCAUCAAGUGCCACGGGUGCAAGUAAGAUCGGAGGAGGAGGAGAGGACGAUGAUGAAGAUGAUGACAGAAUGAAUAUCUUGGAGGAGGAUGAUAGUGGGAACGCUGAGCUACUGCGCGAAGAAGAUGAAGCAAAAGUUCUAGAGGAGGAAGGAACAGGGUUACCUGGAGGACCGGGACCACAAGUCGGAGUUGGAGCUGGAUCAAGUAGUACAUCAAGUAGUAGUUCAGGACCAGGUGGGAGUGGAGGCCCUUCACAGUUGAAAACCCUUUUUGAGCAUGUUGUACAGGGAACUCCUCAUGCUUUUCUGUCCACUUUGGUUCAUGCAAGACAGACCGCGGUGAAGGCUGCACACCCCGCAACGAAAACUGUUGGAGCCUUGCGUGAAACCGCAGCAGCCAAGCUUGGCUUGGGGUUGGAAGAAGACGCAUCUGCUGAAACGCUCAAUGCUGAUAAGGAUUUUCUGAUCUCUGCUCUGCCAGUCCCGUUGCGACCCUAUGCCAGACAGAAACUUGGUACCAUUUAAGGCUCCCCCAAUGAUUCAUCCUCCAUCUUGUUAAUAGCACCAUGGAUGCAUCCUGAAGGUUCUACUCUUUUCACAAGUGAAAAAAGAGCUCCUUCAUCUCUUUUCGAAGAAUUCGAAGUUGUGGAGCUUCAUCAGGAUUCACAUUUCAGCAGGAUCUUCUAGAUAUGCUGCUUCGAUAUCUUCAUGGAGAUCAUUUCAGGAUUCAUAUCAUAUGCUUCGAUAUCUUCAUGGAGAAGAAGCUCUAAACUAGCCGUUCCGUAGUUUGCGGGAAUCAAGAACAACUGUUAGCGAAUCCGGUUGUCCGUAAUGCGUGGCUCACCUCUGGGGUGGACCCGGAUUUGCAGGCAGCCUCUGAGAACAAUGCCUGUGGACGUCCUAUACACUACGACGAAGUCGAACACUAUAUUUAAGGCUAGCAGAAAUCCAUCUUCACAAGCAUCCUGAGACCGUUUUCAAGGGGAAAAAGGUCCUCGGAUGCGUCUCAGGAUGGAUUUCUCUUAGUUCUAAUACAUGCGAGAACGAUCAUUCGUACCGCCAGGGUGUAAAGAGUACCUGUUGGAAGCAGCAGCAUCUUCUCCUGGCAGAUCUGGAGGAGGAGGAGGUGCUGGGAAAAGUGCAGGAGCUCCUUCGACUUUAUCAGGUUCAUUAUCAAUCGCAUCGUCUGUAGCAAAAACAUCAACAAGUAGUUCUUCAAAGCUGUCAUCCUCCUCAACACCUCGUCCAACAGACGUGAUCGACUCCCUCUAUGAGUCGGAUGAGGUGCUCUCCGACCAAGACCGCUUCAAAGCUCUAGACGAAAUCGCGUCGAUGCAAGAACAGAUAGAACUGCUGAAGACUGAUCCAGACCGCUUUUCUCGCGCUCGUGCCCUCUGCGCGUUGCUGAGUCGUGAGGAUCUCCAUCUUCUAAAAAGUUCAGACAUGACAAAGAGAAUGUACGUAGAUGGGAUUUGUGCGGAAGAG